UACCAUAAAGAGGAUGAUUCUCGUUAUAUUAUCAAAUGAGAAGACCUCAUAUAUAUACAAUUACAGUGGAGGUAAUUCAUCUAUCUACGUAACAAUAUGAUAAGAUCAGAAAGGAUAGCAACUAACUAAGAGAUAAAUACAACAAUAAUAAGUGCCGAUAAUACAUAAAUGAAUUAUAUUAAUUAUGCUUUAAUAUUAUACACAUACUGUGAUUUACUAAAACAUCUUGCCGAGUCUUCGCCUGAAGAUUCGCUGCCGGGAAAAAUCACUGCCGUGAAGAAACCGUCGAGGCAUGUUAUCUCUUCCACCCGCUCUACCUCGAUUUCGUUCUCGGGGGACUGCUGUAACGAAUUGGACUCCGAUUGCAAAAGUCUCUGUUCUUCCAAGGCUUCUUGCAGCCAUCCCCCUGAUUCUCGUCCUGACGAAGAUGAUGAUACUGGAAAGAAGGAUGUCCCAAUGUGGAUGAUUGUCCCUAAACCGGCCACUAAUUUUGUUCUUGUCAGAAUUCGGAUUAGUUUCUUGGUUGUAAUUAAAAUUCUUAAUUCAUACUCC